UAGAACACGCUCUGUGUGUGUGAGAGAGAGAGAGAGUGUGUGCAUGCAGGCAUCCUGUUCAAGGCUGGCAGUCUUGCAUACAGCGAUGACGCUCACUCUGACAAAAACCAAAGUGGAAACAAGAAGCCAUUUCGUGUGCAUGAGGUGCGACUUAACUAACAAGUGCUGGGAGAGAUACUGAUGAUAAAAGAAAAGAUGUCUCAAAGCUGUGUUCAUCUGAUUGCUUUUGCUCUGGUUGCUGUGUUGUGCGUCUGCAUGGUCACUGAUGUUUCAGGCUUCACUACAGAAAACAAUAUGACCUCUGAUAGUUUACGGACCACGGCAGAAUCUGUCUCAAACUAUUUGAAUGAUACUGAGGAAUCUGAGACAGUGAACACCACCGCUAGCCCAGACACAUCACCUCCUCACAGUAACAACACACACACCAAUGAUCACAGCAAUGAAAAACACAGUGAGCACAUCACAAACACCAUGGGAUCUACCACCAUGGGAUCUACCACUAUGGGAUCUACCACUAUGGGAUCUACCACCAUGGGAUCUACCACCAUGGCAUCUACCACCAUGGCAUCUACCACCACGACAUCUAGGGCCAUGACAUCUAGGGCCAUGACAUCUAGCCCAGGCCCCUCUGGUAAAGCUGCAGGGAUCUUCUUUCUCAUCUUGAUCUUCAUUAUCAUCGUCAUCCUUGCUGUCAUCUUGUACAUUCUUUGGAAGAAAGGAAAGAGAUACUCCUUUGACCUGACGAUCAGCGAGCAUGACACUCCGCUCCGGAGCAUGGAGCACACGGGUACCUUCGAACAAACCAAAGGAUCAACUAUGAACCUGGACUACAUUAAGGAGGACAAUCCUAACAAAACCAAUCCCGUAGCCAACGGAUGUUCUGGAGAGACGGCUGACCAGACUCCGUGCUCUGAGCAGCAGAGUGGUCCGGAAGAGGAUAGUUUCACGUCUGAUUUGAGUCUGAGUUCGCCGGUGAAGAAGGUGGAGUUUAAUCUUGACCUGGAGCUGAUUGGUGGAGAACCUGAACCUGUGAAACAAGCCACAGACGAAACACCUACGGACAACGACAACGAAAACAACAACAACGACACGGACACCGGGAACGAUUCUGCGGACCACUUUACUGAAAUUAACUUGGAUGACACACAGUAAAACCCAGACACACUUUGCAGACCACAGGGGUUCCCACUGCAAAAGCCUGUCCAUUAUUCCCAAAAGAUAUUGUUUCAAUGUUCAUGUAUAUUUAUGUGUUUCAGGGAACGAUUCUGCGGACCACUUUACUGAAAUUAACUUGGAUGACACACAGUAAAACCCAGACACACUUUGCAGACCACAGGGGUUCCCACUGCAAAAGCCUGUCCAUUAUUCCCAAAAGAUAUUGUUUCAAUGUUAUAAAUUCUUCUGUGACAAAUAAGUGGCGAAAAGUGUCUAUUACGAUAAUGAUAAAUGCUUACGUACGGGGCCCCCUGGUGGCUCGGGGGCCUAAGCAACUGCUUAAGCUGUGUUCACACUAGCAGGUGACAAGUCCAUUAUGUCACAAUGCUUGCUGUCUGUUGUGGGCGUGGCACGAAUGCUACUGUUGUCACUUGUGGGUGUUUACUUUCCAUCCAGUGAUUUUAGUUCCUAUGAGAACGUGUAGUAACCAAAACUGUGUAACCUACAGCGCACGAUUUCCUACACUGGAAUGUAUUUAAAAUGUAUUAAAAUAUUUUGACGCGUAAAAAAAAAAGAUCGAAACAGAUUGCUUGACGCACGUCAUGUGCCAUGCCAUUUUAUUUGCUUUGUUAGCAGAUAAGCAGCACUUAUCUGUGUACUACUAGCUGUGCACACUUAGCAGAGACAGCGCCAUUUGCCUACUGUAUAUAUCAUAUUCUAAUUAGUUAAACACAAAUGAAGUAACACUCUAAUCAGUGUGAAAAUUGGUUGUUUGAUUGACAUGUUAAGUGCUUGGCUUUGUAGUAGCUUUUAGCAUAUUAGCAGUGCAAGCUAACUGUACUAGCUACAAACACUCCUCAGAGUCAACAUCAAUCUCCGCUACCUUUCUUCCAAGCUUUAUUUUUCUUCAUAAUGUCGCUAUAUACAUUUAAUGAGAGGUCAUUUUUUCAAGUCGAGGCCCAUAUGACGUAAUUACUGUGUAGGAACUAUAGUUGUGAGAGGAGUACUAAAAAAAAACACACAAAAAAAGCCGUACCACACUCACCAUACGAUCAUUCCAAGGAAUCAUUUGAGCCUAUCGAAUUGUUAGAUUUGUCACUUUAUAGAGUAUAGAGUCUUACCUAAUUUGCAUCAAGUUGAGAAACAAUUACGUCGCAUGCCACUUUGUCACUGCCACUGUUGCACAUUGCUGCACGUACAUAGGAAAAUGAACCUGUCGCUUUGCCGCUCGUUAGUGUGAAUGUAGGGUUAUACCGCUUGCAAUUUUAAACAACCCUGGCCAACCCUGUCUCUUUGGUUUUUUUUUAAACAAAUUCAAUGUUAAGUAUUUUUCAAAAGUACAUGAGCCAGAACACCAGGGAGUUUUUAGCUGUCUGAACAUGCAAACUUUUAUUUUUAUAUUUUUUUAUGAAAAUAUGCGAUAGUACACUUGAUUCAAAACAGAAGACGUCUAAAAAAAAACACGAUCUUUGUUAUUAAUGAAACUGUAUGUGUUAGUGAUGGUUUGACUAACUACAACUGGAUGUUACAUAUAGAUUAUUAUUUCUUUCAGUGCCAUAGACAAUACCUGAAACUAAUAUAAUCCUAUUUUUAUAUUUGAAUGUUUGCUAUUGUACGACUUAAAUUCCUUCAUCAUUCUCAAAACUGUAAAAAUUGUUUACUGAAUAAACUGUAGCAACAAAAAUGCAGGUUUCCUUUUGGUUCUCUGGUUUCCGCCUACCUCCCAAAAACAUGCUGGUG